AUGUCCGACCAAUUGGCAGAGAAGCUCCGCGCUUCAACAAUCAGCGAUAACAAUGCAGGCUCAUCAGAAGACUGGAAGAGCAAUCUCAACCUACCUGCAAAAGACGCCAGGCAUCAGACUGAGGAUGUGACAAACACAAAGGGACUCGAAUGGGAGAACUUUGCCCUCAAGCGAGACCUACUAAUGGGCAUUUUUGAAGCCGGAUACGAAAAGCCCUCCCCAAUCCAGGAGGAAUCUGUCCCUGUCGCCUUAACCGGUCGCGAUAUUCUUGCUCGAGCAAAGAACGGUACUGGCAAAACAGCUGCCUUUGUCGUGCCGGCACUAGAGCGUAUCAACCCCAAGGUCGCCAAGAUUCAAUGUCUCAUCCUCGUCCCCACUCGAGAGCUCGCCAUGCAAACCUCGCAGGUCUGCAAAACGCUCGGAAAGCACCUUGGAAUCAAUGUAAUGGUUACAACUGGAGGUACUGGCCUCAGAGAUGACAUCGUUCGUCUUCAGGAUCCCGUCCACAUAGUAGUGGGCACUCCCGGACGUAUUCUGGAUUUGGCUGGAAAGAAUGUUGCCGACCUGAGCGAGUGCCCCAUGUUUAUCAUGGAUGAGGCCGACAAGCUCCUUUCCCAAGAAUUCACGCCCGUCAUUGAACAGCUCCUCCGCUUCCACCCCAAGGACCGCCAGGUCAUGCUGUUUUCUGCCACUUUCCCUCUGUCCGUCAAGGACUUUUCGGACAAGAAUAUGGUCAACCCCUACGAGAUCAACCUCAUGGAUGAACUCACGCUGCGUGGUAUUACCCAAUACUACGCCUUUGUUGAGGAGAAGCAAAAGGUUCACUGCCUCAACACUCUGUUCUCGAAACUGCAAAUCAACCAGUCAAUCAUCUUCUGUAACUCCACUAACCGUGUUGAGCUUCUCGCCAAGAAGAUCACGGAACUGGGUUACUCGUGCUUUUACAGUCACGCCAAGAUGGCGCAACACGCACGAAACCGCGUUUUCCACGAUUUCCGAAAUGGCGUGUGUCGCAACCUUGUUUGCUCGGAUCUCCUGACUCGAGGUAUUGACAUUCAGGCCGUGAAUGUAGUCAUCAACUUUGACUUUCCCAAGAAUGCCGAGACCUACUUGCACCGAAUUGGUCGUUCUGGACGGUAUGGUCACCUUGGUCUGGCUAUCAACCUGAUCAACUGGGACGAUCGAUUCAACCUGUACAACAUCGAGCGCGACCUUGGAACUGAGAUCCAACCUAUUCCUCAGACCAUCGACAAGGCACUUUACGUUUACGAGAACCCCGAGAACAUCCCGCGCCCAGCUAACACCCUGCCGCCUCCUCGCCCUGCCCCUGCGAACCAGAACGGCCAGCGCUCCCAGCAGGAUCAACCGCAGCGACAGCCCAUCAACCCUGGUGGUCAGCCAGGCUCAAAUGAUCCUCGUCAAGGUGGACGCGGCGAUGGCCAGCAGCGCCAGUCACGUGGCGGCUAUCGCGGCAACAACCAAGGUGGACGGGGUCGUGGUGGCUUCCAAAACAGAGGUGGCUACAACAACUACCGAGGUGGAGGCCGAGGUCAGCAACCUCAGCAACCUCAAGCCUAA